AUGACCCACCUAGCCGAAAGCAGACUCCGCCAGGCAAAGACAUCAAUCUUUCCGGGUUGCUUAGAUCAUUACAGCAUGAGAUGUUCAUUGUUUAGUUUAAGGGGAAACAUUCUAAAAAGCCCUGACCGUGGACGCAUGCACUCGCCAACACAAAAGUCAAGCGAAAGAUGCUGCAUCAGACAUUCUGGAAACGAAGAAGCCAAGGUUCAAUUCGCUGGCGCGGAACUUAACUUAGUACGCUACGCCGAACGCACGGGCCCUAAGAAGGGCGUCACUGUGGACAUAUGGGAAACUCUAUUCUAUUAUUUGGAUAAUUCGGCUUCCAUAUUUUUCUUCUAUGAGUUGAGUUCCACUAUGUACUAUAGUGUCCUUUCUUUUUUCUUAUUUAUUCUUCUUCUUAGAUAG